AAAGUUGUUAUAUCAGAUUGGAGAAGAAUAAGUAAUUCGAAAUUCUUAUUCCCGAUCAACUGUUUAACAUAUUACGUGUUUAAUCGAAUAUUCCUUUUUUGGAUUCGUAUUGACUCGAAAUAUAUUUCGAUAGUUUGCAUUUCGAAAAUUCGAAACAGGGCAUACGGAUGUCAAAAGUUCAUAUUUUCGAAUUAAAAAUGGAGAGCAGCUGUUGUUUUAUGGAUCAUUUCAUGGACCAGAAUAUAGAGUAGGAAAAAAUCGAAAAUGCAUUUUUCGAGUCUAUAAAAAUUAGAUAUGUGGAAUAACGAAAAGAAACGAAGACUUUUUGGUGUUUCAGUAUUUCAACCUCAGUAAUAUUCUCGAGAUUUCAGCUGUUCGAAUUUUUAGUCAUUCUAACAUUUUAUCCCCACCCAAAAUUCGAGAUUUUUUUCUUAAAUUGUUUUUACUACAAAAAGGAAGCAAAGGUAGGCGCAGACAAAAAAUAAUUAAAGAAAAUGCUUAAAAAUAAAAAAAAAAAAAAGAGAGUUGCUCGAGGAAAAAAGGUUAUUCGCCUUCCGAUGUGUCAGAACGAUUUGAACAGUCGUAAUGCGUGGGCGUACCGAGACGUCACGAAGCUCUAUCGGAUGAGAGGGAGGAACGUAAACAGUUUUUCGUACUUUUCGUUCGAGGAAGGAAGUGGUUUCCAUUCCUCUUGGUAGUUUUGUGUCUCUCCUCAUCCGUCUCCUGCUCCCGGUUAGUUUCUCAGAAAAUUCGACUAUUCGCAGCCUGGAAUGGCAGUGAACUAUUUCGAUGGUCCCUUCGUAUUCAGACUGAAUGAGAACGGUAGUGGACCGCACCUCCUGAUACAAGUUUGCACGGAACGAGGCUGGCGCGAAUACACCGGUGAAAAUAACGCUUUCAAUAAAGAUUGUUGGAACUUGUGGUGGAGAUCGGGUGGAUUUCCAUCUUCCCAUUACAAAAGUUUGCUUCCCUGGCAGUUUAUCAACAGAAUACCGAAAGGAAGCUCGAUAUGCAGAAAGGACAAUCUCGUGAGACAUCUCAAGUGCAUGAAAAAAGUUUACGGCUCGAUUUACGACAUUAGUCCACUCGGCUAUAAUUUGCCCUCGGAAUAUACGAAGCUCGCAGCAGAUUGCAGUCGCUUUGAAAAGGACGAGAGAGUUUGGAUCUGCAAACCAGUCGGACAGAGCCAGGGACGAGGCAUUUUUCUUUUCAGGAAAUUGAGCGAUCUCUCUUACGACAACGUCUCGGUAGUCCAAAGAUACAUAGAAAAGCCUCUUCUGAUCGGCGGCUACAAGUUCGAUCUCCGUCUCUACGUGUGCGUGCCGUCGUACAGGCCCUUAACGAUAUAUUUGUACAAGGAGGGUCUGGCCCGCUUCGCCACGGAGAAGUUCUCUCUAGACAGCUUGGACGACCCGUUUCGUCAUUUGACCAAUUUCGCCCUCAACAAAUUGGGACCAGGAUACUCGAGAAAAAAAGAGCGUAUAGGCGCCGGCUGCAAAUGGAGUUUUCGCCAGCUCCGGCGAUACUUGGAACAGUCGAGACAGCACGAUUGGUUCAUGUGGCAGAGAAUCGCUUGUCUCGUUAGCUUAACCAUCCUCAGUCAAACUGCCGGUGUACCAAAGUCUUCUAACUGCUUCGAAUUCUUCGGGUUUGACGUACUCAUUGACGAAAAUCUCAAACCGUGGCUGUUGGAGGUGAACGUGAGUCCAGCCCUGGGCAACGACUGCGAAGUCGACUCCGAGGUGAAGAAGCCUUUGCUUCACGAUCUUUUCGACCUUCUCGGACUUCCGGUUUGCAACACCGGCCUCUCGUUAUUCAAGAUUUGGACAUCAGGCGGUCCAAUAGCCACUGACAAUGAGAACGACGAGACUUUCUGCAAUUCGAAGUUCUUUCAAGCCCGAUGCUCCAAAAGGAGGUGUCGAGUCAAUUCCGAUUCGGUGACCCUCGUCGACGUUUGUCCAGGCACACGAGAAAUGUUACGCCAUUCAACAACCGAAGAUUGCAACACUCCCUGUUCUCGUUACAAUCCCUUAUUCGCAGAAAAAGCCUUUCGCCGGGGUUUCAGUGGGACCACAAAAAACAACGAUCAUCCAAGCACCCUUGUUUGGGACAACGGAAAAGAUUGGCGCAAUCCAAGCACCCGAGAAGGUGGUUGGAUCAGAAUAUAUCCAUUUGUCACUCACGAGUUGUCAGAAACAAGCGAAUUUUCACAAACACCUGUUCAUCCAACAGGGCCUCGAGGGGCCGAAAAGGAAAUUAAGAACAGCGUUCUUUGCAUACAAAAAUUCGUAAAAGUAGCAAAAGACGUUCAUCGCGAAUUCGGGGAGCACGGGGACGAUCGUUGCAACGAAAUAUUGAGGCGAGCUUUCGGUUUGAGCACGGAAAUAUGGCUGCCAGAAAAAUGACACCAAAUAAUAAAUAUGUACAUUUUCAUAUCAGUUUAAGACUUUUGUCGCAUAGUUUUAUGAUUUUUUUCCUUUAUUCUUUUCCCAAGUAAAGAGUGUGUAACUACCAAAGUUUGGA